AUGCCCGAGGCCGCCAGAACCCGGCCGCAAGACGCGAUUCGUCACAGUCGCCCAGUUUCCACGCCCACCCACACAAACACACACACAUCCACACACACUCACAAUAUGGCGUCACCGUCGCCCGACAAACGGACCCCGCGAUGGGUGUGGGACUCGAGCUUCAGACCAAUCAGACUGCGGCCAGGAGCAGGCAGAUCGGAGGCGUCUGGCCGGGCAGACCGAGAUGAAGUGGGCAGGAAGAACGGCAGGAAGACAUACCAACUAAAUGCCUUCUACCGUCCAAUCGUAAACGCCGAUGCAUGCAUCUGCCAGUCUCUGCGUCUCUCUCAAUCCGUCCCUGUGUUGGCUUGUCUGUCUGUCUGUCUGUCGGUGUGUCGGUCUGUCGUUAUGUCAACGUGUAGGGCAGCCUGA